CCAUGACACUGAGGAGGCGCCCUGGGCAAAAAGGCAAAAGUAUUCCUCACCACGUCUGCAAACCAGUACAACAUCUGCGCUAAGAAAUGAAGGAGAAAAUACGAGAAAAGAACGCCAUGUGGCCGAGACCGAAAACGCUGAGACUGGAAAGACGGUACAAGUACUUAGUUUGAGACAAAGGCGUGGCAUGAAAUCCCCACUGACUCUGGAUCUGAAGCAGAUUUGCACUUGGCGUUACAGUAAGGAUACUCAAGAGCAAAGUACAGAACAAAACUGUACGCCAAGCACAAUGGACAACGCAUCCAGUGACAUUCAGGCGUGUUCCAUCGUAGGUGUCCUCCACUCAUUUAGCCCAUUCACCUGCGCCGCAGAACAGCCCAGAGAUCUAACUAUCCUGCCGCUAACAAAAAGCAAUUUAAUCAGACACACGAGAAUGCAGAAGUGGGUUCAUCAUUAUCAAAUACUCCAACAACAGUUAAAUGAUUCCCGGUCCGAGGAUCAAUACGAUUCAUGCCAUCUAACUGAGGGGACGCACCAGAAAUCCGAGGCGAGGCCUGAAGCCUUCUUCCAUAUGGAGAAUUUGCAGCAUCGUUUGGAACACCCGAAAAUCGUGCUUGCAUCGGAGGAGAGCGGAUGGGUUGAUUUGUUCAAGCCUGACGUAUGUGACAUGGGGCAGAAGAAACGGGAGAACAAUGUGAAUUUCUCUUAUGUGUACGCGCAAAACUAUGGCCAGAGAACAAAUGCCAACAGCGUCAAAAAAUUGGGUAGUGAGGCGAUGAAAAUCCCCGCAGAAUACACCUUGACGAAUCAUCCUCAUUUGUCAACAUGCGGUUUCACUCUGAACCAUCCUCCGAGUCCAAACUUUUACAGUAAGAGAACGCACCGUCAAGCCUUCGGUUCUUACAACUCAGUGGGUGCAGUCUGUGUGGCUGAUAAGGCAGUCAAUACGGGGCCUCAACUUUGGCCCACUGGUUGGGUAGAAAAUCCAAAGAUUGUUGCUGGGUGUACUGGUGGCCGACACAUGUGCAACACCUUGCCCGCUCCGUGUCCAUGCAGACGCCGUGGUUGCUCCUCCGGAGCAAGCUAUGCACACACUUCGGCGAAUGAGCUCAAUAUCAGCAGCUGCUACAACUGUCAACAUGGCAAUUAUGCUGUUCGGAUGUCACACCCUUGCCCUACCUAUGGAAGUUCCAUGAACUACCACCCACAGUGCCACCCCUUGUCAAAUGAAAUGCUCUUGCUACCGGUUGGAGACGUUCACGCUUAUAACAGCGGCUCAAACGCAACAGGUACUUAUCAUAGUACAUUGCUUCAAAGCGGGGUUAACGGGAGCAUGGGUCUUGCCUACGUCCCAGAAAAUAGAGGACCGCAUACAUGGCGCGAGAGUGUCUGCACAAGGUGUCGCGACGUUCACGAAAUUCCGUUGUGUUGUCACAUGAACGAACAUAAUACCAUACAGGGCAGAAUUCCCGCGCAACCUACACAUGGACCGCCAAUGAACUCUUUCAGUUAUGCAAUGUCCAAUUGGUGCAAUAGUCAGAAACAGCCAACGUUAUAUGCGCUUGAUCCAACUCAACCUCAACUAAACAGACAGGCACAGUGCACCGCGCCGAACAUGAAGAUAAUUCCGAGAGAGACGAUGGAAGGUGGUGUUUGUUCCAAACACAUCCAGCCGCCCGCGUUCUCCUCCAUGACAAAAUCAAUAGUAUUCUCUGCAGCUAGUGCGAUGGCCAUGUGCGGACUAGAAACCAAUACACGUCAGCCACUCUCAAGGGGAAUACAACAAACAGUAGCAACUGAACCGGCAGAACAACUUGUUGCACCGAAUUCGGUGCAAGCACAAAUAAAACAAGGGGCUGUGGUCCCUGAAUUGCCGUUCCGCUUACAUAUGGUUGCGAAUGGAAAGAGCACGACAGUCCAACCGAUAUCAGUGGCUGCUGCAACUAACGUCUCCGCGAGAGCAAUGGUGGGGUUGAACAGUUUGGCUACACUGACGCAACACCAAGCAGUGGAAAUCAAAGGAUCAAAUAACUCACGCGAAUCAUGUCAAGCAGUUGGACAAAACUAUUACAACCUCAUACUGAGAUGCAAGAAUGAUCAGAAAACGUGUUCAUCGAGCGUGGCAGCGACGACAAGCAGUGCCAUUAGAUGUCGGCCUAUGAACAAUAUAGGCCCAGGUAGUACAUGGUUCGGUAUGGCGGAGCGAUCAGCGAUUGAGUUAAGUGCAACGGGAUAGAAUGUCAAGGUCAGCGAUAAAUGAUCAGCAUUCGCCCAACACUGUAUGGUCGUCUGUCAAAUAAAUAUCAUGGAUUGAGGCCUUUAGAAAGCGGAUCGCAAAAUCACAACUUCGUGUGCAACCUGUCGGACCCCACACUCUUUAUAGUCUCUAGGCUUCGCAUACUAACCUGAUGUUGUCAUGACAUUCAUUAGCCGUCAAUCAUAAGCUAUUGCUUUUUGCACUUCACUUACGCUAUUGUUUCAGGUCAUUGUCAACUAUUUAUCUGUUGUAACUUCCGACAUGUGUUAUGGUGGCCUUCGUGCCGCUUAUGAGGGA